AUGUCUUCGUCACAACCGUUCCUGGCCUCCUCGCCCAUAACUGGUGGCCGGAGGAAGAAGUCGCGCUUCACCUACAAGCAUCUCCACUUGCUCGCGCAAUCAUCAACGACAUGUCCCUUGCGAUGCAUCGCACUGAUCGAUUACGACGCCUUCUACGCGCAGUGUGAGAUGGUAAGGCUGGGCGUGGCUGAGACUCAACCAUUAGCCGUUCAGCAGUGGCAAGGUCUCAUUGCCAUCAACUAUCCAGCACGAGACUUCGGACUGAGCAGACAUGUUACGAUCACAGAAGCAAAGCAGAAAUGUCCCGAAAUAGUGGUCCAGCAUGUGGCAACCUGGCGCGAAGGGGACGAUAAGUGGGCAUAUCGCGAGGAUGCUGCGGAACACAUUCACACCGACAAGGUAUCCCUGGAUCCGUACCGCCUCGAGUCACGGAAAAGCCUCGCUCUGGUCAAAGCGAUCUUACCACCAGCGCCAGUACAGAAAGUGGAGAAGGCCAGCAUUGAUGAGGUCUUUCUUGACUUAUCGGCACAAAUCCAUCAGAUCUUGCUGGAACGGUAUCCGGAACUUCGGUAUGCUCCUUACGAUGACCCAACCGAGAAUCUGCCUCCUCCGCCUUCGACAGCGCUCGAUUGGGAAGUGGAUGCGCUUGUAGAUCUCGACUCCACGGAGACGGAGGACGAUGACCCGGAUUGGGACGACGUGGUGAUGAACAUUGGCUCUGAGAUCGUCCGGGGUGUGCGAAAGACCAUUCUCGAGAAACUGAAAUAUACGUGCUCGGCAGGUAUUGCACGGAACAAGAUGAUGGCCAAGUUGGGGGCAGGGUACAGGAAGCCAAAUCAGCAGACCAUCGUGCGCAAUCGCGCCGUGCAACACUUUCUCUCAGGUUUCAAAUUCACCAAGAUCCGAAAUUUGGGAGGCAAACUCGGAGAACAGAUUGUUGACGCCUUCAACACGGAGGCUGUCAUUGAUCUGCUUACUAUUCCUGCAGAGCAGCUCAAGUCUAAGCUCGGGCCCGACACCGGGUCGUGGCUUUACGGGAUCAUUCGUGGAGAAGAUAACAGUGAGGUUAAUGCACGAACCCAGAUCAAAUCAAUGCUCUCGGCAAAAUCUUUCAGGCCGAGCAUCAAUACUACUGAACAGGCGAACAGGUGGCUGCGCAUUUUUGUGGCGGACAUCUUCGCUCGCUUGGUCGAAGAAGGCGUCCUUGAGAAUAAAAGAAGGCCCAAAACCAUCACGCUCCACCACCGUCAAGGUGGUCAGACAAGGUCAAAGCAACUCCCGAUCCCAGGAGGGAAGAAGAUCGAUGAGGCAAGCCUGUUCGAACUCGCCAAGACAUUACUAGGUCAGGUCAUUGUUGAUGGCCGAGCAUGGCCCUGCGCAAAUCUCUCCUUGGCUGUGGGCGGCUUUGAAGAGGGAGUCUCCGGCAACAAAGGCAUUGAUACGUUUCUCUUGAAAGGAGAUGAAGCCAAGGCCGCCUUGAAUCUGCCGUCCCGAAGCAACACAGCAACGCCGGUCCCGGGCGACGAACAGCCUUCGAAGCGGCGAAAGUUCGACGAAGGCCCUCCCACUAUCGCUCGUUUUUUCUCCAGAGACGAGAGCAUCGGAGAGGGCGAGGAUGAAUCUGGGAGUGAGGUGCAGGGAGUCAAUUCCGAGCACCAUGAUCUUGCUUCAGGGAACGACGUCCAAUGCCACCAUGACACUCAGCUACAUCAGUCAGGCAUCGCGAUGUACCUUUGCAAGGCAUGUCAUCAGUCCAUCAGCGAAUCUGACAGGCGUGAGCAUGAGGACUGGCACUUUGCGAGAGAUCUUCAAGCUCAAGACAAGCCGGCUGUGACUAGUCCCGCAAACAGUCGUCCGCCCGGCCCUUCAGGCAGUAAGCCAAAGCGCGGGGUGGGUGGAACUCGAGGCCGGGGCUCGAAGGUCGAAAAAGGCCAGAGCCGUCUCCCUUUUGGAUAG